AUGUCGUCUUCUACAAGCUCUUCAUCAAGUGCUAUUUCUUGGGAUCAAUAUAAUAUGUAUCACAUGGCUCCAACUCAAUAUAAUUAUCAAUCCGCUCAACUUUCGUCGAACAAUUCAAAUGCAUCUUCAGUUAAUACACCACUUCAAAGCCCAGAUUUUGAAAUGCCUUGUUCAUAUGGUGAAAACUUAAGGUAACUAUUUAUUUUUCUUUCGAAAUUUGUUUUCUAAUUAGAUUUUUUUGCAGUAACGGUGGUGGAAAAGAUCGAAAAUGUCGCAGAUACAAAACUCCAUCUCCCCAACUUCUCCGACAACGUCGAAGUGCUGCAAAUGAGCGCGAAAGAAAACGAAUGACCACGUUGAAUGUGGCCUACGAUGAGGUAAGCAUUUCGAAAAUCACCCUCAUUUUCGAAUCAUAAUUUUGACUUCCCCCCUUUUCUCACUAAAACUAUACAUACAUACAUAUAUAUUGAAAACAACAAACUACUGUAGAUUCAGCCUUGACGCGUGAAGAGUGUCUGCUAACAGAUGUUAUCCUCCUCUAAUUCAAAACAUAUAAAUAAAAACCUAUUAUGAAUUUGAAAUUAUUUGAAAUUGAUCUGAUAUAUAUCUAACUUUCAGCUUCGCGAAGUAUUACCGGAUCUCGAUUCUGGAAAGAAGCUCUCAAAAUUCGAAACUCUUCAGAUGGCUCAGAAAUACAUUGAAUGUUUGGCAGAGAUUUUGAAAUCGAAUUCAACACAAUCUACAAACUUCCAAUUUAAGCUCGAUUAA